GCAUGGAUUUUGGAGAAGAGACGAACGCCGGCUAACCCGGCUUUUUGCCCAUGUAAACUCUGUGCACAGUUGUCCGUGCAUGAUGGCGAGUUUUAUCCGACAAGUUUGGAUCCGUUCAUCACCAUUACAGCGCUGUAUACGUAAUUAUAGAUGUACAACACGCCACAUCAGUGUCUGCAGCUCAGUGCGAUAUCAUCAUCAGUUGACAUCUUCUGAUAAAUGGCAACUUGCAAGGUUUCACAGACCAUGGUUAGACCAACCAGGCCUGGUCAGGCAACUGAGAACGUCCUCUGUUUUACAUGGAGAUGUAAUGCAGUUCAAGUUAUCAGAUAUUGGGGAAGGCAUAGCGGAGGUCGUUGUCAAAGAGUGGUACGUUAAAGAGGGCGACACCGUGGCCCAGUUUGAUAGUAUAUGCGAGGUACAGAGCGAUAAGGCUUCUGUUACAAUAACAAGCAGAUAUGACGGUGUCAUAAAAAAGAUCCAUUAUGAAGUGGACGACAUUGCACGUGUGGGGACCCCGCUUGUGGACAUACAAGUAGAAUCUGGAUCAAGCCAAGACAUGGAGCAGGCAGCGGAGAGUGACAGUGACACUGACGCAACCCAGGCCACAGGGGAAGCCACACACGAUGAGAAGCGAUACGUCAAGGUGCUGGCCACACCGGCCGUCAAGAGACUGGCAAUGGAGAACAAUAUUUCUCUCGCUGAUGUUGUUGGGACAGGCAAAGAUGGAAGAGUACUGAAAGAGGAUAUGUUGCGAUACAUUGACAUGAGACAAAGUGGAGCAACAACAACAACAAUAUCAGCAGCCCCACCCAAACCUCCUCCGCCCACACCCCAGGCCCCUCCCUCCCUUCCCCCCACCCCGCCACCCAUCGCCCCACCAGUCCCCCCACCCAGACCCCUGGAGCCGGUCGUGGUUGGCCAGGAUCGGACGGAGCCCAUCCGAGGCAUCAAGAAGGCCAUGGUGAAGACGAUGACGGCGGCCAAUCAGAUUCCUCAUUUUGGUUACUGUGACGAGAUUGACGUGUCGUCUCUGAUGCAGCUCCGGGGGGUACUCAAGGAGGCUGCCGGGCACAGGGGUGUUAAAUUCUCACUCAUGCCCAUGUUCAUCAAGGCUGCCUCCAUGGCGCUCAACUAUUUCCCAAUGCUCAAUGCUUCAGUUGACGCAGAGUGUGAGAACCUAACCUACAAGGCUAGUCACAACAUCGGCUUUGCCAUGGACACGCCGCAGGGUCUCCUAGUGCCCAACAUUAAGAACGUUCAAGCCAGGACGGUGUUUGAGAUAGCCCAGGAGCUGAGCCGACUCAUUUCCCUGGGUUACGAGGGCAAGCUGGGGUCGGAUGACCUCACGGGGGUCACCUUCACUCUGUCCAAUAUUGGAACGAUUGGUGGAACUUACGCCAAGCCUGUCUUGAUGCCUGGGACGGUGGCCAUCGGAGCAAUAGGGAAAGUUCAGGCCGUGCCACGUUUCGACGAGGACGACCGAGUCUACAAAGCCUACAUCAUGAACGUCAGCUGGUCAGCUGACCACAGGGUCAUCGACGGCGCCACCAUGGCCCGAUUCUCCAACAUCUGGAAAUCCUACCUAGAGGAACCGGCCACUAUGACCCUUGACCUCAAGUGACCCAGCCCCAGUGAAAUUUGACCUCUUGCUAUUUAACCCCUCGAAACUUUGAAAACGGCUUCGGAUGUGUCGUUUUCACACCACCCUGUUUGUAAACGGAGUACAGUGUACAAAUGUUCCCUUUCCCCAUUAUUUCUCCUGUAUCUUUCAAUAUCCACAAGAAGGAUUUAGACUUUGGAGGAUUUUGUAGGAUUUUUGUAGGUUUCAGGAAGGCACAUACCAGCCACUAUUACUUCAUAUUGAACUUGAUGCCCCUUGAAAAAAAAAUGUAACAUAUAUGGUGAAAAUGGGUGAUUUGGGUGAGCAAAAUUUACCUAGGGACAUAAGGGUAACGUUUAUUAAAAUCUGGUUAUGGGAUACCCCAUGUGUAGUGACAGAGAUUUGGGUCUUUAGGUCAAUGGUUUGUAAAGUAUGUAAAAAUUGAAUGGGUUACUUAUUGCAAUCCAACUGGCUUGAGUGUAACUCGGCAUUUUAUUUGUGUGUUUUUGAUACACUUUGAACUUCAGAAUCACGUAUUUCAAACUUGCCUCUCCAUAUAUAAAUAUAUAUGGAGAUAAUACACCAUUAUAUAUAUGAUACACCAAAUGGUGUAUUUUCAGGCGGGGAUCAGUAACCCCCCCAACCAAAAAAGCCCCAAAACUAAAACAAUUAUAGUAAUAAUAAUUACCUUUAUGUCCGCCUGUCCACAACAAUCGGACAUAAACAAAAUCUGACGGACCUGACCCCUUCUCCUGCAAAAUUCCUGGAUCCGCCCCUGAUUAUUUUCAUUUUUUGUUCCAAUUACAUUUUUAGUUUGACUUGUGAUCCCGUCUCGUUUUUUACCCUAGUUCAUACUUCAGGCGAAAGCAAAAGCAAAUCAAAAUUGUGACGUCAACAAUACGUUCAGAGUGCAUCCACCAUUGUUGACGACAUGAACUUUGCUUCGCACUUGCUUUCGCGUGGAGUAUGAACCGGGCUUAAAGCUUUGCAAAAACUGGAAGCCUUGCCUUCCAUUGUUGAUAACUUUGUGAUUUCCUCAUCCAGAAAUGUUCGUGAGAUGGAUAUUUGAACUUGUAAUUAAUGACUGAAACCACAACCGUACAUCCUGUGAGUUGUGAAGGAACUGUCUCAGUUUCUGGUGUCAACUGACACAUGUUUGGACGCGGCGAAAUGCCACACGAAUCCUAUUGUUUUAUUUUUGUGCUAUUUAUUGUCAUUCAAAUGAGUAUUUCAUUGUUUUGUUACCAUUCUAAUUAUGUGAAAAAAAGCAUAUGCCAUGCUCUUCAAAUAACCAAUUUUUAAUGUGUACGUUUUGUUUAACCGAACAAAAACCCUAAACUUUAUUUCGAUUCGGGCAUCCGCAACCCACUAAGAAAGGGUUUUGCGCACAAAUAACCUGCCCUGCGAAAGCCGACUUAUCGUCUACCAGCCAAAAUUUGGAAGUUUGUGAAGAAUUAAUGCAACAACUAACCGUCGGUGGAUUUUUUUUGUUCAUUGUCGCAUUCAAAAGUGAAUUACUUUUAUAUUGCUAAGAAAAUAGCAAUUUGAAAAAAAAUCUGGAUUUUUUUUAGGUGAAACUCUGGAAUAUAUCUUGAAGCAAUAUUGUAGCUGCGAGAUGUACGUGCGUGUAAUCACAUUGAAGCCUAAGUGUCAUUUCAUUCUGCUCUGCAAAACCACUUUUCACUGAAAUAACUCCACACUGGUGUCGAGUUCCAACAAAGUUGAUUUAAAAACAUACUUCUAUACACGGAAUAGUUUAUGUCUGAAAGAAUGCCACUAGUCAAACUAAUAACUUUUUAAAGUAUAUUUUUUUCACGUCAAUGGCGAAGCUUAUUUCCCUUCAACCGAAAAGCGGUGAAGAGAAAUACAUCAUUAGUUUUGGGUGGAUUUGUUUUGUUAUUUUGUUAUUUUUGUUUUUUAAGUACAUUGCAUUGUGAAGUAUUUGUGUUUACAUCUCGCCAUGUAUACCACCAAUUUCUUUCUUAAUCCUUUUUAAUAUUUGUUUUUGAGUUUUGCGUGUACUUUAAACCCAAACAUGUAGUUGGUCAAAUUUGUUUGAUAGCCCCUGUGGAAGAUUUUCCCGCCAAAAGAUUCAUAGAUUAUUCCCUGCUCUAGUAUGUAACCUCAUUGAAAAACCACAUUGUAAGGAAGUAAAUGAAAUGUGAAUAAUGUAAUCGAUUAGUAAUUUCAAUAAAUUCUAGAAGCAUUAAACUUACACUCCGU